UGUGUGCACGUUGGUGGCGCGAAUUUGCACCAUGUGCGAUACGUGACUUGCCUGUAAAAAUAAAGUACACAAUACUGGCUGCGAUAGGGAUCGAUUGUUUCAUGAUAAAAACUUAAAUCAACAAUUCAGACGUAAUCGGACCAUAUGCCAUGAACGGGACUGCGGUUGAAACCUCAGUCGAGCCGACUGUUGCAAAGAGACAGAAGCUUUCCAACGGCGGAGAGGUACAUUUGGACAUCAUGCCUGCUAACGACACAACCGUAGUCACUCCAGCCCCUGAGGGUUGGUUUGGGAGCGAACCCCUGGCAACCAACGACCCUGCCAUAGCGAACAUCAUCUCCAAGGAGAAAGACCGACAAAGGCGCGGCCUGGAGUUGAUUGCCUCGGAGAACUUUACCAGCCGUGCCGUGUUGGAGACGCUAGGCUCCUGCCUGCAGAACAAAUACUGCGAGGGUUACCCUGGAAACAGAUAUUACGGCGGCACCGAACACUAUGACGAACUGGAGCUCCUCUGCAUCAAGCGUGCCCAGGAGGCCUACGGCCUCAACCCCGACGAGUGGGGCGUCAACGUCCAGCCCUACUCCGGUUCCCCGGCCAACUUUGCCGUCUUCACUGCUGUCAUCGGUCCCCACGGCCGCAUCAUGGGUCUGGACCUGCCGGACGGCGGUCACCUGACCCAUGGCUUCAUGACAAGCCGUAAGAAGAUCUCGGCUACCUCGGUCUACUUUGAGUCCAUGCCGUACAAGGUGAACCCGGAGACCGGGUACAUCGACAUGGAUCGAUUGGAGGAGAACGCUCGUCUCUUUCACCCCCAGGUGGUGAUUGCUGGCAUCAGUUGCUACUCUCGUAACCUGGACUACGCCCGGUUCCGUAAGAUCGCCGACCAGCACGAUGCGUACCUGAUGGCUGACAUGGCGCACAUCAGCGGUCUGGUGGCAUCUGGGGCCGUCCCCAGCCCGUUUGACCACUGCGACAUCGUCACCAGCACCACCCACAAGACACUGCGGGGGCCAAGGGCUGGCAUCAUAUUCUUCCGCAAAGGUGUGCGUAAGACCUUGAAGAACGGAACGCAGGUCAUGUACAACCUGGAGAAGACCAUCAAUGAAGCCGUCUUCCCUGGCUUGCAGGGCGGUCCACACAUGCACGCCAUCGCUGGUGUUGCUGUCGCACUGAAACAGACGAUGAAGCCAGAAUUUAAGACGUAUGCCGCAAACGUCAUCCAAAAUGCCCAAGUCAUGUGUAAAAGCCUUGUGGAGCGUGGCUACAAGGUUGUGACAGGUGGCACUGACAACCAUCUACUCUUGGUUGACCUUCGACCAAUCGGACUGGACGGUGCUCGCUGCGAGAAAAUUCUGGAGGAUAUCUCCGUGGUCUGCAACAAGAACACCUGCCCUGGCGAUCAGAGCGCUUUGAAACCCAGCGGCCUUCGCUUCGGCACUGCCGCGCUGACAUCGCGCACGCUUACGGCUGCCGAUUUUGAGAAAGUGGUGGACUUUAUUGACAGAGGCAUCAAGCUGACAAAGGAGGUGGCAGCAAUCAGCGGUCCCACCCUGAAGGAGUUCCGAGAGACGGUGGCCACUAACGAGGAAGUCAAGAAGAAGAUUGCCGCGAUGCGGGAGGAGGUGGAGACCUUUGCCAUGAAGUUUCCUCUCCCCGGCUUCUAAACACUAAACUUCCACUCACCACUGUCGAAAUACGGCAAUAAACGAUGUUGUAUUCACAUAAUUAAAAAAUAGUAGAGGUAAGAAAGCAAAUCUGUACUAUUAAGGAUUACAAUCUUAUUUCUGAAUUGAAUUAAAAAUUCAAGUGUAUAUCAGUACCCGAAGAGGAUAUUUUUCAUGAUUUGUUAGGCGUAUCAGUUCCAUAAUUGAAUAUUUUCAAUUUGAAUAUUUUCAAUUUGUUUUUAAAUUUAAUGAGUUUCAGUUUUUUUCAGUUUUCCAUUGCAAUGUCGGUUUCGUUCACACGUCUUUUUUGUUGUUGAAAAUACUUGACCCAGAAAAGUAUGGGGUCCAUUUUGACUUGAUUAUCAUUCCGUGUGCAUUUGUCAAAUUGUAAAAUUAUUCUCAAAUGCCAAAGAUGUACAUGUAUUGAUAUGCGUGCCUUUUGAAACGGCAAGUGUAAUUUACAUGUACAGGUACUAUAUAAAACACUACAUGUAUUCAAUAGUUUCGUUAAUUUUUUUUGUUUGUUAGAAAUCUUCCUAUAAUUGCAUAAAUUCAAAGAAAAUGCAGACAUGUAGAAAAUGAUCUACAAAAAAAAAUCAUUGUUAAUAAAAACAAAUUGUUGUCUAUUGCCGGAGUCUGAUCAGAGCCGGGGUACAAAUA